AUGAGCCUUCCGCUUCUAUUGCAAGCCAUCGCGCUUAACGCGUUCAUUGUCUUGAUCGUUUGGAUCAAGCGUGCAUACUUUCUGUAUGUCGUAGAACGAUGCGUAAAUGUCCUUCAGGGACAAUCAGCUCGACGCAGGAAGAACAAGUUCCUGGCCGAUAAUUUCGCCCCUGUGUCAGCAGAGACAGAUCAGCAGAACCUGAAAGUAGUUGGGAAACUUCCCAAGGCGCUUGAUGGCGUCUACGCACGCAUCGGACCAAAUCCAGUCCUACCGAUAUCUGGAGACUACCACUGGUUUGAUGGGGAUGGAAUGGUGCAUGCAUGCCGCAUCAAGGAUGGCAAGGCGGCCUACAGCAACCGGCUGGUGCAGACCAAUAGGCUCAAGCGCGAGCGCAAGCUUGGCUUCCCUGUCUACCAGCGGUUUGGGGACAUGCGGGGCCUCUGGGGAGUGUUCCACGCGGGUCUGAGCCAGCUGCGGCUGAAGCUGGGAGUCACGCCGCCAUCCGAGGGCAUCGGCACAGCCAACACUGCGCUCGUGUACCACGCCAACAAGCUGCUUGCUCUGCAUGAAGGCGACCUGCCCUAUGCAUUGAGGAUCUUGUGCAAUGGCAUCGUGGACACCCUCGGGCGCCUCACUUUUGGAGGCAAAGUGAACCACCCCUUCACAGCUCACCCCAAAGUGGACCCCAUCACAGGCGAGCUCUUUUUCAUCGGGUAUCAGAUUGACAAGCAGCCAGCCGGCGUCCACUAUGCUGGGCUGGACAAGGAUGGGAAGCUGCAGUUUGAUGUGCGCGUGGAUCUCCAGGAAGGAGUCAUGAUGCAUGACAUGGCCAUCACCCAGGAUUACGCUAUUGUACUGGAUGUGCCCCUGGUCUUCAGACCAGAGGUGAUGGUGACGAAGAACAGGCUGCCUCUGGUGUAUGACAAGAGCCGGCCGGCGCGCUUUGGAGUGAUGCCCAAGCGACCCAAGUCGGGCAAGGAAGUUGUGUGGUUCGAGCUACCCGCAGUGAUGAUCUUCCACGUGGCCAAUGCAUGGCAGGAGAGCAAAGACGUGAUCAAGCUCUUCGCAUGCUGCUUUGAAGACUUUGAUCUGGACCUGUCCGAAGACAAUCUGCCGGACUCAUUCCAGCCGCGCAUGCGCGAGAUGACCUUCAAUUUGGCGACCGGCGAGGCGACCACGCGGCAGCUUGCAGAUGUGAUCUGCGAGUUUCCGCGCGUCCCAGAGCACCUCACUGGGCUGCGGACCCGCUACACGUAUGCCUCCUGCAUGGACGGGGCAGCGAUGGCGGGCAAGUUCCAGGGCAUCGCCAAGCUGGACAUGGGUGCCACCAACGGCGGCGCUGUGGCCGGCCGCCUGAGCCAUGGCAAGGGCCGGUGGGGCGGCGAGGCGGUCUUUGUCAGCGCCGGCGGCCCCUCUGCAGCGGAGGACGAUGGCUACCUGAUGACAUAUGUGCACGAUGAGACCAGCAACAAGUCCGAGCUGGUGGUCUAUGACGCGCGCACAAUGUCGGACGCGCCUGUUGCGCGCGUGCAGCUGCCGCAGCGGGUUCCCUAUGGCUUCCACGGCAUGCAUGUCAGCGAGGCGCAGUUCCAGCAGCAAGUAGUUGCCCUCUGA